CUGGGGGGGCACUGGGGGAUACUGGGAGGAGCCGCUGGUCGUUACUGGUCGUUACUGGUCGUUACUGGUCGUUACUGGGGCCCGCGCGCCGCCGUUACCGCCCGGGCGGAUCCCGGGGCCGCCUCCCGGCGCCGCCGUUACCGGGAGGGGCGGGGCCAUGCCCAUGGGGGGCGGGGCCUCCCGCCGGGACCGGCGGGUCCGGCCCCCGCCGCCACCGGAAGGGCCCGGACCGACCGCGGCCGCCAGCAUGGGCGAGCAGCUCCUGUGCAGCUCCCGUGCAGCGGUGCUGCUCUACGAUGAGGUGCAGCGGCAGUGGCAGCCGGUUGGGGGGUCCCCCCCCGGGCCCAGCUGUGUCCAGCUGCUGCUGCACCCCCAAACCCGCAGCCUGAGGCUGCUGGGCCGGCGGCUGCAGCCCGAGCCCCAGGUGGUGCUGGACUGUGCCCUGGGCCGGGGGCUGCGCUACAGCCAGACCACCCCCCAGUUCCACCAGUGGCGCCAGGGCCGGCGGGUCUGGGGGCUCAGCUUCGCCGCCCCCCCCGAGGCCGCCCGCUUCGCCGGGGCCGUGCUGCGCGCGCUGCGGGCGCUGGACACCGGAUCGCCGCUGCCCUGGCCCGACCCCGACGGUUCUGAGCCCCCCGAGAGGGUGGUGAUGGACGAGUCCGAGCGGCGCGGGACGGCCACAGGACCCCCGGCUGCGCCCCCUCCCCCCCCG